CGGCACACUUUUUUCACAUGCUUAAAACUGGCAGAAAGUUGCCAGCGCAGAACGGCUGCACACUUUACACACUCUCAGUAAAGGGCGUUUUGCAAUUUGUGAAUUCUUGGGGAUUCUUCAUAUCGUUGCUUUUGGAUCAGACUGCAAACCAUGCACCCAGCUUCGUGUUCCCAUCUCCACGACCAGCUCAUCCUCUUCCUUGUCUCCGGCCUCCAUCCCAGAAGGCAUCUUCUUUAGUAGUACUCCUGAGGACAAGAGGAACUGCUUGGCCGAGAGUGACGGCGACUGCAGUAGUGGAGAAGACCUCUUGGACUUCAGCUGUUCUCUGAGAGAUUCAGAGUAUUACAGAGAUCUCCAGCUUGGAUCCACAUCGACUGCACACCUAUCUGAAGAUCAGUUUCCUGUCUUGGUCACAACUUUGGGUGAUAAGUUACCGGCGUUACCUUCUCAGACAACGUCAGAGAGUGGAUCCUACCUGCAGUUCCACACCGGACAACCUUUGCACACUGUGAUUUCUCCAGAAGGUGAAGCUAUGGACCGCCUGGUUGCCAUCAGAACCUCAGAGUACGAGGAUUAUCCUGGAUCCGAGCAAGAUGAUUAUUCAGACAUGGAAAACAUUCCGAUUUUGGUUCGGUCCAUGUCCACAUCACGUCGACACAGCUGGGAGGUACCGGUUUCUCCAAUUGACCUGGGAAGAAGGUUCAGUCUAGACACUACCGGCAUUGACAGUGAUGGAGAAAGAGAUGUUCAGAGUCUGGUCACAAGUUCCCAUUUACCCUCUUCCUCAUUCUCCGAGAGCUCAGUUGAAGAGACACCCAACACCGUGGACAGUGAAAGCCCCAAAACACCACAGCCACCCACAUCAGGCAGGACGGUGUAUUCCAGAUCUGAGAUUCUCGCCACCGAUGAACAAUCUCAAGCAGACAGAGUCUCGCGCAUACUGGAAACUUCAAAGCAGGCUGCCAGAGAAGAAGGAGAAGUGCAGGAGUCAGAAGAGGGGAUUCAGUCUGUGGAGGGACAGUGUCAUGUGCUGAUGGUACAGAGACUUCUGCGAGAGCUUAAGCAGUAUCAUGGAGUUAAGCGCAGAACUUCAAACACAGAAAGAAAAGUGUCGCCUGGGAAUGUUACGUGGUAUGAAUUUCUCUCCAACGAAAAUGACGAGGAAGAGGAGGGAAGGCCAGAGCGUCCGGAAAGAGGCAUUAAAGUCAAGCGUACUCUCAGUUCACUGAGGAACCGAAUGACCGGAUCCUUCAACAAAGACAAAGGUAAGACUCGUGAGAAAGAGCAACACAAAGAGAAAAGCAGAGAGAGGGAGAAAGAGUUCAAAGAGAGAGAGAAAGUGCGUCGCAGCAGUGUUAGCGGUCACCAGCUUGUGCGUGGCUCAUUCUCCAGCUGGGCAACAUGUUCACUGUGCAGUAAAACUCUGCAGAGGAAGCAUGGCCUGCAGUGUUUGAACUGCGCUGUGAAUGUCCACAAGAGCUGUAAAAGUCUGCUGCCUGAGUGUAGCAGUAAAAACAAGACAAAAGAUUCAGGACAGAAGGCGCCAACUGCUGCAGCUCAGUCGUAUAAUCAAGCUCUGCGGGAGUCCUGCUCUGCCCUGACGCCCGCCGUUGAUGGCUCGUCUCGUACCUCUCCCUGUGCUGCAGGUAUGACCGUUCCACCUAAAGGACACAGCGCCCAGCCUGCCACGUCCAGCAACUCGUCAAUCACCCAUAACAACAGCAGAGGCUCUAUCACAGGAGAGAUGGACGAGGUUGAUGCGUUCAGGGUGAAGCGCUCCGCUGAGGACGCCAUAUCUCUUGCCUCCACAACACCCGAAUCACUCAUCGUUGAAGAUGCAUAUUAUGGCACUGUGCGAGGGGAAUUGGACGCUAUUGCGCAGGAUUUGGAGGUGGAGUCCUGGAGUCUGGCCGUGGAUCAAAACUUCUUAAAGAAACAUUCUAAGGAAAUGACCAAGAGGCAGGACGUUAUAUAUGAGCUCAUCCAGACUGAGAUGCAUCACGUGCGAACGCUCAAGAUAAUGUUGCGUGUGUAUGCUCGAGAACUGCGGGAGGGAUUACAGCUGGACGACAAGAGGCUGGACUGUCUGUUCCCACGGUUAGACAGCCUGCUAGAGCUGCACAGUCACUUCCUGUCCCGCCUCAAGGAGCGUCGCACAGAGUCCCUGCAGUCAGGCAGCGAGCACAAUUAUGCCAUACAAAGACUCUCAGACAUCCUUAUAUCACAGUUUUCCGGAGAGCUUGGAGAGCGGAUGAAGGAAAGCUAUGGGGAAUUCUGCAGUCGCCACACUGAAGCGGUGAACUAUUACAAAGAACAACUGCAGAGCAACAAGAAGUUCCAGAACCUCAUGAAGAAAAUAAGUAAUUCAUCAAUUGUACGGCGGUUAGGGAUUCCAGAGUGCAUAUUGCUGGUGACACAACGAAUCACCAAGUAUCCAGUACUACUAGAGCGAAUCCUACUCAACACAGAAGCUGGAACAGAAGAGCAUGAAGGCUUGGCACAGGCUCUCUGUCUGAUCAAGGAUACCAUCGUACAUGUGGAUUCUCAGGUCAGUUUAUAUGAGAAGGAAGUGCGCCUCAGAGAGAUCUCCUCCAAGAUGGAGCCCAAGACCCUGGGAAAGAUCAAGGACGGUCGUGUGUUCCGUAAGGAGGACAUUUCUAAGGGUCGCCGCAGGCUCUUGUACGAGGGCACGGUCUACUGGAAAGCUGCCUCUGGUCGACUCAAAGAUAUUCUAGCUCUACUGCUAACAGAUGUUCUCGUGUUAUUGCAAGAAAAGGAUCAGAGAUACGUUUUCUCAACUGUGGACAAUAAGCCAUCCGUGGUUUCGCUUCAGAAGUUGAUUGUUCGUGAGGUGGCGCAUGAAGAACGGGCCAUGUUCCUCAUUUGUGCCUCCUCUAAUGAACCUGAGAUGUACGAAAUCCACACUGCUUCAAAAGAAGACCGCAACACUUGGAUCGCACAAAUUCGUCAAGCUGUGGAGAGCUGUCCACAUACAGAGGAGAGAUUGUUUAGUGAAGAGGAGGAGGCCAGCGUCGCCAGAAUUCAAGAGUAUUACGAGCGUCUGACAUUGAAGGACGCUCAGAUCGCUCAGAGUCUCACAGAGAAGCUCCAGUUGUUUGCAGAGCUGGCUGAAUCUGUGGCCGGUCUGGAAGACAGCGGAUCUCGCUCUCGUCUGCUGUUGCGUGGGGACGUUUCUGACCUCCAGCAGGGGGAGCGACUGCUCAAAGGAGCCAUCACUGAAGUGGAGAACCUUCAGAAUCUCCUGGCAUCUGGUGUGAAGGAAUCAUCUCCACAGACUGAGAGUCCAGGAUCAGGAAUGCUUCCACGCAGAGCGGACACCUUCGGUGGCUACGACAGCAUUCCUACCAUUCUGCCCAAAAACAGCAGUAUGGAUAUGAAGCUGUCCGGUGCAGCGGGUCGGACCAGAAAGAGAGGUCAACGGGCAAGUUCAGACCCACAACUCAAAGAGGUGUAUGCGUGUCAGGAUCAGGACGAGGAUGAGGCCUCCUCACCUUGCUUGAACAAAAUUUGCUCCGCCUCUAAAUUUCCAGAAUCAGAGUUUUAUGAGCGAGUGCUGCUGCUGUCUCAGAAGCUGUACAGUUUACAGGCCAUCAUCUCUCAGCAGGACAGCCACAUUGAGGUCCAGCGAGCGUCGCUCCUCACUGUUGAACGGGACCGGCCCGGCAGCCGUAACCGCGGCACCAACUUGCUCCUCAAGCAGGAGAAACAGCGCAACCUAGAGAAGCACCGUGAGGAGCUUGCUAACUUCCAGCGGCUGCAAAACCAGCACCGGCAGGAGCAGGCGCGGUGGGAACGAGAGCGCGAGAAGCAGCGACGACAGGCCGAGGUGGCCGAGCAGCGGCUAAGAGAGCGGGAGGAGGAGUGUUGGCAACUGGAGAUGCGGUUGGCCGAAGAGAGACAGGAAUUGGAGAAGCAAAGGCAGACUUACCAGCAUGACCUAGAGAGGUUAAGAGAGUCGACGCGAACUGUUGAGAAAGAGAAGGAACGACUCGAACAGCAGAGGAAGUUGAAGAAGCACAAUACAUUACCGAACACGGCAGCGCUGUACGCACAGGAAGCUGGGCAGCUUUUGCUUUCCACUAGCUUCAAUGGCGAGCUAUUGCUUGGGGACCAAACCCUCCCUCAAAAGUCGCUCCUGCGAGCCACUCUUUCCGCUUCCCCCGCCGAUUACCCAGAGCGUCCUGAAGUCCACUCACGCCGUGAGAACUCCUGCAACACCCUGCCGGUGAAGACAGAGGUCCCCAUCCACCUCAUCAGCACCACCAACCAGUUACACAAACAGGGCGGCGUCCAGCAGCAGAUACCAACCAAACUCGCCGCCCUCAGCAAGGGCAAAGAAAAGAGUGGAAAAGGCAAAAGUUCACACCGCACCGAUAGUUUAGCCUCCGUUGACAUGAAGCAUAUGCUGCCCAUCAAGCUGACAACAAGAGAUUCUGACGGAAGCCUCAAAGCACGCCGGCCCAUAAGCCCCCACCAGCAGCACCCCCAUCCACAACAUGGGGUUGUUAAAACAAACCCAGAAUCCCUCAGCCCACCAGACACAUAUUUGGAUGCCCAGUCCAGCCUUGCACCCGCUGUUCUCAAACCCCAGACGUCCCAGCACACCCUACCGUACACUGUGAGCGAUGAAGCCGCCAAGGAAGACGUUAUCUUUUUCUGAACGCCACAUUGCAUGCUGGGGAAUCAUGUUGCCAAGGAUGUUUAGAUAUUUUCAAAGGAAAGAAUUUGAUUUUGCUGUGUUGCAACCACGUUUUAGCUCUUUAAAUGAACAGGCCUGUUUUAAAAAUGUUUUUACUUAAAAAAAGAGCAGAUUUUUACCCAAUCUUAACAACAAACAACUUUGAUUGAAGUCUAUAAAUAUGACAAAGAAAAAUGUUUUAGGUUGUAUGUACAAAUACAACAUAUGCUCACUGUACAUCCCAGAGAAUCCAAAGACUUUGACAGAGUGCAGUUUGUAUAAAUGAAGGUGACUUCAUGGUAGUGAAGUUACUUAAUGAAGGCAUGUGUCACACUUCUGUAGCGUACAAACACAAACGGAUUAAAUAAAGACGACGUGGACAUUUUUGGGUGGCUCUUUGUUGUGGGAAGCAAUAUUGCACUGCAGCAAUGUCCCAUUUCAUUGCAAAUACUGUAUGUAGGCCAACAGUUUUCCACAGAAGCUGGAUCAUUUUGUUUUCAAUUACAGUUAGCACCGUUGUGGUCACUCCUGAACAUUAUCGCUUAUAGAAAAAGCACAAAUGCUUCGAAGUUGGGCCUGAAGAAGAUACUUGGCCUGUUUGCAUUCAUGUGCAUAGUUUUGUUUUUCAUUCUAGAUAUUGAAUUGUCCACAAGUUGGCUGGAUUUUUGGGAUAACUCUACAUCAGUUCAAACUUUGUUGUUUUAUUUGUGCAUUAUUUUAUUUUUUUAUAGAGUAUUCCAAGUAAUCACAAAAUUAACUAUAGCAAAAGUGACAAGAGACUAAGGUUUUAGUAAACAACAUGUUAUUUUUAUAUUCUAUGUUAAUAGCUUUGUUCUAGAUAUUUUACAUCCUAAAAUUAGCUUGAUAUAGCAUAAAUGUUUUAUUUGGCUUCAAUGGCCAAAUGAUUAUAAAUGUCUAGAUGUAAUUUUGGCUUUGAAAAAUAACCGGGGGAAUCUCAUGGAAAUGGUCAGGGGAAAAAGUAUUUCAUAUAGAAAAUCAAGCCUUUUUUUAAGGACAAUUGUUUGUUUGUUUGUUUAUUUUUCAUUGUGACAAUUUUCAUGAUAGUUGAGCAAAUUAACCUUCCAAAUUCUCAUGACCAUAAUGAGGAUAUAAUGGUACUAUUUGUUGUAUUGCCUUUUACUUUAUAGUAAUUUUUAUUUUACUGAAUUACAGUAACGAGAAUGUGAUUUGUUUUAUAUUACACUAAUGACAAUU